AUAUUGAACGGUGGUCAACUCCUCUCCAGCACGCCUCACACUGAUUGGCACUGCGCGCGCUGACAAGUGCGGCACGACAUCGUUCAGUCCAAUAGAAAAGCGAAACUCUGAACCCCCCACUUUCCAGCCGCUCCGCUCGAGUCCAGCGGGCUGAUGGAGGCCGGAUAUCAGCACCACAGCCAGACCUGCUGAAGAACCCGCGCGUUUCUUCUACUUUUCUUCAACUUCCCCCCCUCUCUCUCUCUCUCGCUCUGUCUCUGUCACUCUCUCUCUCUCCAAUGGUGUUCCGUUCCCCUUUGGAGCUCUACCCGACUCCCCUGCUCGUCCCGGGCUUUGCCGACGGCCCAGCGCUGCUGGCUGCCCGUGCGCGCUCCCCUGACGCGCGCGCUGCCGCGCUGCCCCCUCCUCCGGCGCUGCCCGCGCUGAGCUUCACAGCCGAGCAGGUGGCGGGCGUGUGCGAGACCCUCGAGGAGACGGGCGACGUGGAGCGCCUGGGACGCUUCCUCUGGUCGCUGCCCGUGGCGCCGCCGGGCGCGUGCGAGGCGUUGGACAAGCACGAGGCCAUCCAGCGCGCGCGCGCCGUCGUUGCUUACCACACAGGCAGCUUCCGCGAGCUCUACCGUAUCCUGGAGAGCCACCGCUUCACCAAGGAGUCGCACGGCAAGCUGCAGGCCAUGUGGCUCGAGGCGCACUACCAGGAGGCCGAGAAGCUGCGCGGGAGGCCGCUCGGACCAGUCGACAAGUACCGCGUGCGCAAGAAGUUCCCGCUGCCUCGCACCAUCUGGGACGGCGAGCAGAAGACGCACUGCUUCAAGGAGCGCACGCGCGGCCUGUUGCGAGAGUGGUACCUGCAGGACCCCUACCCCAACCCCAGCAAGAAGAGGGAGCUCGCCCAGGCCACGGGGCUCACGCCCACGCAGGUGGGCAACUGGUUCAAGAACCGGAGGCAGAGGGACCGCGCGGCUGCAGCCAAGAACAGGCUGCAGCACCACGGCUUAUCGCAGAGCGGUCUGCGGGGUCUGUCCGACCCGAACCCGGGUCCUGCAGAAGCCGCGAGCCCCAGCGCGAGCGUGUCCAGCAGCGCGGAGCGCGCGGACGGGGCCACAGUGCUCUCCGUUACGGACAGUGACUCGGACUUCGACGUAUGAUGCUGAGCGCGCGCGGGGAAAUAAUACUGGACCUGCAAACAUUCAAACAAACAAACAAACUAACAGACAGACAGAAAAACAAAAACGAAAAGGGCCACAUGGGUGCAGCAGGGGUGCGCGCGCUCACUGCUGUCGCUCAGAUGGAGGAACUGGGCGCGCUUGCUUUUCCAGGGACUCGCGCUCCCGUCCCUCUCUUUCAUCUCCGGUCCGUUUUAUUUUUACUGCAUGUUCGUUUGUGAAUAUUUUUGGGACGUUUUUUGAAGAGGCACUAUAAGGACGGAGCGGGAGAGUCUCGGGCUCUCAUCUGCUCCCUCCAACCCCCUGUCUGAAAGCCGCAAAGCGGACACUUCCCCUCCCUCCCUCUCUCUCUCUCUCUCUCUCUCUCUCUGUAUCCUGCAGACAAUCGUGGAAGUCAAAAAGCACCUUUACUCCUCUUCUUUGACUCGACGGCAGAUGUUCAAAGUUGGACUUUAUCUCCAGAUUUUCUAUUGAAUGCUCAGUGUCUGAUGCGUUUUUACCCCUCCCUCCCUCCCUCUCUCUCUCUCUCUCUCUCUCUCUCUCUCUCUCUCUCUCUCUCUCUCUCUCUCUCUCUCGGCUCUGUGUGCUCGUGUAAUCCUGCAGCUAGGCCAUCCUGCAAAACUGCCUCCCUUACUUUGUGUCCAUAAGAUGUCUAAGUGUCUGUAAAGUGCUUUGAGAUUUUUAAUGUCUGUUCAUUUGAUUGAUUUUAUACUGUAAAUGACGCUGAAAACGCGCUGUGAUGGGUCACUUUUAUGCAAAUAAAUAUAAUUUAAUAUAA